AUGGGUAACCAAGCGAUGGGUAUUAUGGAGCUGAGAUGGGAUAGCUCCGACCUCAAGGCACAACUCCAGGAGCUCAACAUCACGGCCAAGGAGAUCAAGGUCAGCAGCGGCCGGAAGGUGAUCAUCAUCUUCGUCCCCGUCUCUCAGCUGAAGUCGUUCCAGAAGAUCCAAGUGCGGCUGGUCCGCAAGCUGGAGAAGUUGUUCAGGGGGAAGCACGUAGUCUUCAUCGCUCACAGGAGAAUUCUGCCUAAGCCAACUGGAAAAAGCCGUACAAAAAAAAAAAAAAAAAAAAAAAAAAAGCAAAAGCGCCCCAGGAGCCGCACUCUGACAGCUGUGCAUGACCCGAUCCUGGAGGACUUGGUGUUCCCAAGCGAGAUUGUGGGCAAGAGAAUCCGUGUGAAACUGGACGUCAGCCGGCUCAUCAAGGUCCAUUUGGCUAAAGCGCAACAGAACAACGUGGAGCACAAGGUUGAAACUUUUUCUGGUGUCUAUAAGAAGCUCACAGGCAAGGAUGUUAACUUUGAGUUCCCUGAGUUUCAGUUGUGAGCAAAAAUGAUUAAAUAAAACUUUGACAGUAAAAAAAAAAAAAAAAAAAAA